GCACUAUAAAAUACGUACAUCAUUCCUCCCAAAGACUACUUCUAUAACCAUCAUCAAGACUUGCAUAAUAUAGAAAUUUAGCUAUUUUUCUUUCCUUUUAUUUCUUCGAGUAAUAUUUUGUUUCUGUGAUUAUGGCUACUGGGCAAGCACCAUUCAACCCCGUUCCAGCUAUGAGAACAUACCCGCCAGUGGAGCAUCCAGUGGUGGUAAUAGGGCCACAGUACCUGGCACAGUACCCUGUUGAACUCGCCGUCAACAGUGAUUUUAAGGUGUCUGACAUUAAUGGCACCCUCAUCUUCCAGGUCAAAAGUAAACUAUUAAGCCUCCAUGAUCGUCGUUUUCUGAAAGAUGCAGCCGGUAACACCCUUGUCAAUCUCAGGCAGAAGAUAAGGACCAUGCAUGGGAGGUGGGAGGCUUUUAGAGGAGAAAGCAAGGAGGAGAAAGACUUGCUUUUCACAGCCAAGAAAUCAAAGCUGUUCCAAUCCAAGACUGAGUUAGACGUAUUCUUGGAUAAUAACAAAGGAGAGGUCCCUGAUUUCAAGGUCAAAGAAGGCUACAGCAAGAGUUCCUGCUCUAUACUUCUUGGAGAUUUCAAUACCAUGCUUGCACAGGUGCAUGGAAGACACACUCUCGCGAUUAUGCCUAAUGUUGAUUAUGCCUUCAUAGUGGCUCUUGUGGUGGUGAUUCUCAACGGGAACAAUGCGGAUGAUCAUGGGGACGCGGCCAUUAAUGACCUUAACGUUAUUAACGGUGUGCAUGCAAGACACUCUCUCGCGAUGAUGCCUAAUGUUGAUUAUGCCUUCAUAGUGGCUCUUGUGGUGGCGAUUCUCGACUACAUCAAUGCGUAUGCGAGAGGAAAAGAUUAUGCGGACGCGGUGCAUGGAAGACACACUCUCGCGAUUAUGCCUAAUGUUGAUUAUGCCUUCAUAGUGGCUCCUGUGGUGGUGAUUCUUGACGAGAUCAAAGCGGAUGGUUAUGCGGACGCGGCCAUUAACGGUAUUAUCAAUGGAUUUGUUUCGUUGAUGUAA